GGCGGCGGCGAAGGCGAAGCGAGGCCCGGCCCGGUCCGGUCCGGUCCGGUUGUGUCCGGCCCAGCCCAGGUCGGCCCGGCGCCUCCUCAGCGGUCCCGCCAUGGCGCUGCUGCGGGCGGCCGCGCUUCCCGCUGAGGGGUCUCCGGCCUGGCUGCCCACCCACGUCCAGGUGACGGUGGUACAGGCCCGCGGGCUGCGGUGCAAGGGCGGCGGCGGCGGCAAGCCGGGCACCAGCGACGCCUACACCAUCAUCCAGCUGGGCCGCGAGAAGUACAGCACCUCGGUGGCCGAGAAGAGCACCGGCAACCCGGAGUGGCGGGAGGAGUGCGCUUUCGAGCUGCCCCCCGAGCUGGGCACCCCGGCGGGCCUGGCUCGCGGCGGCCUGGUGCUCACCGUCAUGCACCGGGCCCUGGUGGGCAUGGACCGCUUCCUGGGCCAGGCCCUGGUGCCCCUGGAGCCCGCCCUGCAGCAGGGCCGCGCACCGGACGAGCGGUGGCACAAGCUACACUCCAAGGCUGGGAAGAAGGAGAAGGAGCGUGGUGAGAUCCUGGUGAGCAUCCAGUUCACACGCAACAACCUUACAGCCAGCAUGUUUGACCUGUCCAUGAAGGACAAGCCACGGUCGCCUUUUGGCAAGCUGAAGGACAAGGUGAAGGGCAAGAAGAAAUAUGACUUGGAGUCAGCCUCUGCCAUCAUCCCCAGCAGCAUGGGCGCCCUCGACAUGGAGGAUGACUAUGAUGUUGGGGGCAAGAAGUCCAAAGUCAAGGGCUUCUUCUUGAAGAACAAGCUGCGCAAGUCGUCCCUGACGCAAUCCAACACCUCCCUGGGAUCCGACAGCACCAUCUCUUCUGCCAGCCUGGGCUUGGCUGCAAAUGUUCCCGAGGUAACCAAAUCCCCGAGCAGACACAGCAGUCUGUCCACCGAACGCUCUGUGAAAGACUACUUGCCAUCUCCAAAGCUGACCCACAAGAGAGCAUUCAGUGACGAUGUCUCCCAAGUCAGCCCCGUCCUGGAGCCAAAAGCAAUCCAAAACCUGAAGCCAAAGAAUGAUCCCGUGUCCCGGUCUUCCCUCUGCAUCAAUGGGAGCCACGUUUACAGCGACGAGCCUGCACCAAAGAGCCCCGUGUCCGUCCCUCAGAGCUCUGCGCCACCAUCUGUGCCCAGUGUUCCCAGACGGCAGGAGGAGGGCUUCGGCUUCACCCCCCUCCAUCCCGACUCCCACGAGGUGCCUUGGGGGAUCAGCAACUUGGAGAGGACACAGCAGAGAGAUGAGCCCAGGUUCAUCCCAUCUCCUCCCAGCUUAGCCUUGCAAGAAGAGCUCAAGGUUUCCACAAAAGCUGUCACUCUCAGUAACCAUCUGGGCAGAGCCAAGAUGGAGGAAAACAGUCGCUUAGAGAACAAGCUGACACAAGCUGCAACACCCAUGGUCUUCUCCACAGAGACGACGAAGGACAAACAACCCGAGGAAACAAGGAAGGAAGACAAGAAAGUGAAGGGUGGGCUCUUCCAUCAAGGGGGCAACAAGAGUGACGUGGGGAGCAAAGCACAGGGGGAGAAAGUGGGACCCUCCCAUGGCUCGUCCGUCCACGCGACACCAGGGAGAGAUGAGAGGAGUAAGACCAGUGGCUGGUUCGGUUCAAAGGAGCCCAAAGAGUCCCCUCAGAAACCCAGUUUCCCGUCUGGGCCGCAUGCUUCAACAGAGGUCGCUGGGAGCUUUUAUUCCCCAGAGGAUUGCAGUCCCUCUGCCUCCCUAAGACAUAAAGACCCAGAGAGGGAGUCUCCAGACAAAAGCAUUUGUGUCCCCGUUCCAGAAACUACUCCCCCAUCACAAGGAGACCUUCCUCCUCCGGAUGAGAAACCUGCCAUCCCUCCUUCCCUCUCGGAGUGGGAUGAUACCUUCGAUGCCUUUGCGACCAGCAGGCUCAAACCAGAACUGAAGAAGGAAAACUUCUUUGCUUCGGUGGUGGCGGAGGGCAUGGCUUUCAUCGACGAUCCCGAUGCAGCCAGCCCAACAGAAAGACUGGCUGAGCCAGCUCAUGAGAAGGGGACAAAGGUAUUUGAAAAGGCUGAUUCACAAAUCAGCAGCGAAAUGCCCACAACUCUGCGGUCUUGGACAAAUUUCUCCAGUUUAGAUGUGGGGGCAAACUUGGUGAGCACAACCCAGGAAGCGACUGUGAUAGAGGAUGUGCUGAGCCCCGUGUCUGCGGGGUCAGUGGGAAGGAGGAGGAAAAGCAGCACACCUACGGUUUGGACAGCCGCAUUUGCAUCGGGAAAUCCAGGGGAAAAAGAGACUUCAUCACCACUAACUGCUGAAAAUAGUUCUAGGGAGGAAGGGGACAGUAAUGAGGAGGAACCCUCUAGUGCAGGGACAAAUGGAUGGAUGACCAUAGCCACUGAAACUGCUCCUGAUCUGUCAGAGAGCACCCAAAGUAUGGCUGAGCAGGAGCAUGUGGGUCAGGAGCGCACGUUCAGCCCGCGGCCAGCCUUCCUCAGUGAAGGUGCCUUUGAAGCGAAGAGUGGAUCUCGUGCCGCCGCUUGUGUAUUGCCCAGAAGCACCUUCACCCCCGAGCUCACCUCUGAAAGCCUGCCAGGCAGCAACGUGGCGGCUGUGCCCCCACGGGUGCUCGCAGAUGUGGCAGCACAACGGUUCCCCAUGGCCCCCGAGCCAGGGAUGGAGCCCCAAGGUGCUGGUAGUGAGGAGGAAGCGUUUGACAUACGGACUUCAGUCUACCGGCUCCAGGCUAGCAUGCGGCUUGAGGCCAGUGAAAGCCGUGUAAAACUCAGCUCUGACAUUCGCGAGAGGCGCGUCAUCCUCUCUUCGCGGACAGGUACCCGAGAAAGGGAGGAGAUGGCAGCCGGCUCAGCUGUGCCACCCCCGAAACCUCCAAGGUGGUUUGCAGCCACGGGCAGUGGAGGGGAUGGCGAGGAGGAGGAUGUUUGCGAUCCGCAGCUGAGGCAGCGAGGCAGCGCGGAGCAAUGGGAAGAUGCAGAGAGCCUGAAGGCAGAUGUAGAGCUGCCAAGGAGUCAUCUGAGCAGCGAGCCCUCUGUCCCAGCAUCUCCCAGCCCGCCUGCACUGGGAGUGGACAUAGAUGAAGCUGAGAGCGAAUUCCCAGUCUCCAAGGAUGCUGAAUCUGCCACAGCGGUCUCAGCAGCUAAUUUGGAGGCAAGAGCUAGCGAGCUGGCAAAAAGAGACACCUCUUUGGGGGAAGACUGGUCAGAGAUGGAUGAGACGGAUGCAGCUGAGCAGUUUGAGACUUGCCCAUCAAAGUUCUCCCUAGAUGGAUUAAGCCAGUCGGGUGCCAAGGAGAGCUGGAGCCAGCCAGGUUUAUCCCCUCUGAUGGGGGCUGCAGACAAUGCCAAGUGGGAGAUGGCCUCCGAACAGGAGCCGUUCCGUGAGGAGCUCAGUAUGUUGGGACUAAACCCACCUUCCAAGCUGGACCUGGGCCAGCCGGAAAUCUUCUGGACGGCUCUGGAAGAGCAGGAGGCAGCUGGUCAUCCCGCGGGUCUUGGCCCAGCGGCGCGACCCCAAAGGUUAGCUCGUGGGGAGAGUCCACCCCAGCCAGAGCUGGUGUGGGGUGAUGGUGAGGGGCAGCAUGGGCCAGGGGCCAGCCCCACUGGGCAAGCGGGAGUCCAGUCUGAGUCUUACGUCCCUGUGGCAGUUGCUAGCCCUCCCCAGGAGGCAGAGCAAGGCAGAUCCUUUGCCAGCAAGCCUGAUGGGCCAUGGCGCCGAGGCUCAGCAGACAGGAUAGACUUCAAGAAGGCUGAUUUUUGGAAGCCAGAUAGGGCAGAGGAGAGGCACAAGCAGGACACUUUGGCCCCGAGAAAUCCCUUUGCUCUGGCACUCAGCCCAAAUGCCCCAAGCAAUCCCUUUGUGGAAAAGCCACCAGACCCCCUCCCUGUUCAAGCUGUGCUGCCCGAAAGGCUUCGUCAGGGAGGCUUCAGCUUCACCAGCCACCACGAGGAAGCCCUUGGGCAAGGCUUCCAGCCCACUAACCUUCCCGGAGACCCGCUAGGCAAGCCUCCUUUCCUGCAUGACAGCCAGCCCUUGGCCUUCUCCACCCCUUUCCUUGUGGCUGCAACUAACCCUAAACAGUUUGAUUUCCCUUCCCCUGUUGCGUGCCCCGCGAGCAGCGGGGUCCCUGCCGCGACCAGCCAUGCAGCCGCCCAGCCCUGCCCUUUGCCGCAGUCCGGUGACACACAAGCUUCAGCGCUCGUGGUUUUGCCCAGGGAGACACAGCCAGCUGAGAAGCCCUUUUUCCAGCAGAUGACCAGUCCUCACCCAGUGAAACCCAUCAGCGCUGCAGUGCAAGAGGUCUCCAGUGAGAAGAAGCAGCAGCACAGGUCCAGCCUGACGACUGCUCUGAGCAAUGGCCUGGAGAAACUGAAGACGGUCACCACGAGCAGUGUCCAGCCUGUGGCCCCAUCCUCUCACACAGAGAAAACGGACUCAAAGAAGUUAAAGGAUCCUACCGUACUGGACCAGUCAGCCAAGUAUUAUCACUUGACCCACGAUGAACUCAUCCAGCUCCUGCUGCAGAGAGAGAAGGAGCUGAGCAAGAAGGAAGAGCACAUCCAUGAACUGGAGAACUACAUUGACCAGCUGCUGGUGCGCAUCAUGGAACAGUCUCCCACACUCCUCCAGAUCCCACUGGGGGAAAGCAAGACCAAGUAACCUCUCUCCGCAAGAGUCCAGCAUCACUUGCCUAGAGCACUUCUCCAAUAAACAGGCUGCAAACAUUCCUGCACUCCCCCCUCCUCUUAAAAGAGGGCUCCAGUGGCUUCUGUUAGCAGUUUAGCAGGAAAGGUUAUCUGCUCCUCCCCAGUCCAAGCUUAUCCCAGCUCUGGCUCCAAGGAGCUAUAGGGUGGUGGGCUGUUAUCCACCCUAUGGGGAGGAGCAGAGCCCUCUACAUGAGGCCAAUGCCUCCUUAGGUUCCUGUUGUUGUGACCAAGUGGCCUCUUCUCAGGCACUCAUCCUGCCAAUGCUUUAAGUGGUCCACGGACAAUUGAGAGCUGAAAACCAGCCAUCUCAUCCAUGUCUUCAUCCUGCUACUGCUGCUCUUCUCCCCACACUCUUCCACAUCUCUCUUCUCUGAAGUGAUAUAGCCCGGCUGAUGGACGUUGUUAAAUUGGUUGAUGACAUCGGGGAUGCUUAAACACAAUAAAGGUCUACCAGCACGCCCUCAGCAGGGCAGCUAGGGGCAGGGGUUACUUCCCCUUCCUGUCCCAUAUGUUGUACCCCCAAACAAAAAGUCUCCGCUUGAAGAGCCAGCUCCAAGUUGUGCCAGUACCUGACCAUAUGGGAGAUGCUACACAAAGUGACAGCGCCGGAGUCAGAGGCCGUAAAGGACUCAAGCCGACGUCACUGCCUGACUGUGAGCGGUGUCGAUUCCUUCGCUGUGUGCAUGCAGAGUCGUGAUGCUGCCUCAGUUACCCAGCUAAAAACUGAACUUGCAAUAUGGGAGAAGGGCCAGUGAUGGUUUGCGCACCAUCAGUACUGCAGGAGAUCAUCUCGCACAGCACCCAGCCCGUCAUCAGGCUGGCUGGUACCAGUGUGCCCUGGGGGGGACUCCUGUUUGUAUAAACCACAGAUGUAUAAAAAUCUACUCAGUAUUACACUCCCCCUUUCCUACAUCUACAGGAAUUGCCUUCCACUGGCUGCUCACCAUUGACUUUGCGUCGUCUUUCUCCAUGCAACAGGAAAAUGCUAUCAGGACCGAAGAUCGUGUGUAGAGAAGGAUGUCUGACCUCCCGGCCACCUCUAUGCAUGACAUCCGGCUAGGUCAGGCAUCUGACAAACACUCCCUGUCAAAGCUAGCAAUUCAGUAGUCGUCGCAGACCCCCUUCAAGCCAGUAUUCGUACCAAACACCGCUCAAAUUGUAUCGCAUCUACACUCCAGCGUCAGGUCUCUGGUGGCUUGGGCCCUCCCUUAGGCAUUGAGGCCAGCUCUCUUGGCAGCUGAAUGCUUCUUGCUGCUAACUGUUGAGUGACCAUCUAAAGGUCUCUAAUUUACAUGGUUUAACAACCGUAGACGAUGUUAGCCUGAGGCUGGUGAGCGAUGCUUCUGGACACACCAGAGUACAGCGCAGCUUUUGAUUUGGAGGCGCUGUGGAAGGGUAUAGAAAGGAUGUUGCUGCCUCUCUUGUUCUGCCAGGAUUUUGGCUAGAGAUUGGUCGCAUGCAGGCAGAGGGUCAGUUGGUGUGGGACUUGAGCUGUCUUGACAGGUAAGGCAUCUUUGCUGUUCUGUAGAUCUCCCAGAGUUACUGGAUUCUUUUAAAACCUUCAUACUCUUUCCUUCUUACUUGCUUCAAUGUAUACCAUGACUUUGAAAAAUUGUGCCUUUUGCAAUAGGACAAUAGAAGUUUCCUACCAAAAAAGGCUCUGAAAUCCAAUUCUCAGUUCAACGCAAACCCGUCUUGGGCAGCUUUCUCUUCUGUUCGCCUGCUAAUCUGAACUAGGUGAGUUUAUUUUUAAGCACAGACAGCAGAGCCUUCCCAUCCCUGUGUGCAGGUUGCUUUUGGUCUUUGGCAGGAGUUCUGCACAGGCGGCUUGUGUGACGUGAGAGGUGGAGAUAUUAAAAUAUGACACUGGGGGAAGAGCAAGCUGAGUGUUCCAUGUAAGACAAAAUACAGCUGGAUAAAGACAGUAUUGGGUCAUGCUCAAGGUCUGAGGUUGGAGAAGCAGGCUGUUGGGGUAAGAGCUGUCAGGAGAAAAGGAGAUGUGGUGUUGGUGCCAUUGACAACAUGUGGUCAUAUCUAGCUUGCACAUCGUAUGAGGAGGAGGAUUUGUUACCUGCUAAGAUACUGGCUAUGAGCCUUUCAUUCCUACCUUCCUUUGCCCCUAGUAGGAAGUAAUCUGGGGUUUUGCACUUCUCUACCUGUGUCUUUAUGUUCUUCUUCCUUAUGUGUGUGUCUCAGGUGCGGGGACUUUGUUUCUGGGGUAAGAUGCGAGGGUCUGAGGGAAGGUGUUUCUCCCCUUUUAGAAAGUACCAGAAACCUCUCUCUGCGUAUAUUUUCAAAAGAUCCCGUGGCCUGAGAAAUAGAUUCCCUUUCUGGGUGCCUAUCUCUCAUGGAAAACCUCUCCUUUUUAUCUGAAAGCGAGCAGGGAGGAGUUGUAGACAGCUAGAAAGCAGUCCGGCGUCAGAAGAGAGAGGCGUGGCACGGGACGGAGAGCUGGGAGAAGGGGCAGCCCCACUGAUGGGCAGGGAUGCUGAGCGGUGAAGGCUUACGUCAGGGGAACAUUAGUUAAGGGGGAGGCAUAGAGGCGAAAUCUCACAGCAGAGCCAGGGGCCUACGCUGGCUCUCCACUGCCGGAAAAAUAGCUGCUUCCUGGGACUUCUCCCCCGUCAGCAAUUGGCAUUGUAGGUGCUCCCCACACUCAAGUGCCAAUGUUUAUAAGGAUCUUGCUGCCCAUCCUCCCUGCCUUCUCCCCCGCCUCUUCCAUCACAUUUCACCGUCUCCCUCAUCCCCCCUCUGCCUUAGUCAGCUCUGCCUUUUUUCCUCCAAAGCUUGAAUGUUUUGCACUUUAUAUAUUCAAGUUAAUCUCAGAGCUACAGCAGGCUGUAUCGGGUGUACGGCCUUUUCAGCAAUACGUGCUUCCUCCCGUGACCUGCCUCCGUUGCAGUGGAGCAACACAGUCCCUCAACUGCCUUCCAUCGUGGGAGCCUGCACUGUCUUGGAGGAGGCUGGAGCAAGCAGAGCUAAGAAGUUCUCGCCUUGACUUUGUGGUAGCAGAGCAUCUCCAAAGGCCAAGGCGUGGGUAUGGCAUGGGUACCUUGGCAUCGCACGUGACAGAGGGGGCUAUGGCAAAAAACCAAGUGGUGACGAUAGCUAAGCCUGCCCUGAUGUGUCGUGUCUGUUCUCGAGCGUUUAGUCCAGAGGUAUCUACAAAUGAUGAUUUGUGCUUAAGAAAAGGCAUCUGAAAGAUGCUUCUGUCUUUGUUCUCUGUUUCUGCACCCCACUGUCCUGCAAAUGUGGGGUUUUUUUCCCCCACCACAGUUUUUAUUCUCUGCAUAAGAGCAAGUGAGCUUUGCCACACCACACAACAGCACUGAAGCCGGAGUCUGUAUAAUUUUUUUGUUAAAACCUCUAAGUUACCAAAAGGAAAUGGUUUUGAGGACCUAGAUGUUUUCUCAUAGAUGGAGGGGGAUGAGAAAAAGAAGCAGGGGAAAUGUUCUCAAGUUGCUCAUGUCCCAGAUUUCCGUGCUUAGCCAUUUAUUUGCAAAAACAGGGAGGCGAGCAGCAUUUCUGGUCACUGUGCGAGAUAACGCCCCAAGAUCUAUCACUCUUUGCUAAACUGAGCAGACGAAAGGGUUUUAAUGGGCCAGCAGCAGCUUCUCACUGCUUCCGUUUUAAACAAAACCAUAACAAUUAUUUUGUAUUUUUGCCUCCUGGCCCGUCUUUCUCUUUUCAUGCUCAAGCUGUUUCACAAGGUCUUCCGCAGGGUGCUGUUGCUCACAGCUGGGCUCUGCUUUUGUUGUCAGCCCACAACUGGGUUUCUUGCUUUUAAAGAACUCUGGCAAAGUGUUUUAUUUUCGCCUUGACUGGCCCUUCUGUCCCAGAGUCAUGGGCCAGAAGAACUGCCAAGGUAGAUCCUUAAACUGGAACAAACCUGAAGGGAUGUGGAUACUGAAGUGUCACGUAGACUCAGCCUUAUGACUUGUCUGUGAAGAAACCGCCGUGUGUUUUGUGUUAUAAACGUGGGGUGGAAAAACAUCCCAAAAUGGGAGAGAUAAGCAUUGGGGUUUUUGGAGUUGUUGAUUUCCCAGUACUUCAUGUACGCAGGAAGUGGGUUCUGUGUGUUUCAUGUUUUAAUAGUUGCAACUAAUGUUUAUAAAGAGCUUGUUAUUUACGUUUUAAGCACUUUAAAAAAAAAAUAAAAGUUGUUCAAGCUGUU